AAACGCAGAAGUCAAAGAAGAGAGUCCUGGUUUAUAGGAACAAACGAUCGAAAUGAAGUAUUUCUGCCCUGCAAAUUUAAAGUAGUACCAUGGAUCUCAGUGAGGAGGAGUCAGCCCCUCUGGUGAUCAGAGACCGGGGAGGUAGCCAGAGGUCCAGUUCUAGCACUGGUCCCUGUUUACAAGUGCACCUCUACUUCUUCCCAGCCACAAAAGAAGCAACAACAAUACACAUUUCAUCUGGCCAAAUCUCUGCUGAAAGUGUCUGUAUCCAAGCAGGCAAAAAAUGUGGAAUCUUACCAGUGUACCAAAGUCUUUUCGGAUUGGCAUCUGCCGAUCUCUCAUUUUGGUAUCCUCCAUCGCACAUGUUCAACACAGAAGAAAACUUGCAAGUCCACUUUAGGGUCAGGUUUUUUUUUGGGAACUGGUUUGUUCAAGGACCAAGAACAUCGUACCGCUACAGUCUGACCAGAGACAGAAUAAGUCCAGUGCUUGACUACAAUGUCAUUGAUUAUCUUUUUGCUCAGUCGCGAAACGACUUCAUUGCUAGCGAGGCAGGAGUGUCUCCACCUCUGAGUGCCCAAGAGGAAUGCCUCGGCCUUGCAGUGCUGGACUUGUGGAGAAUGGCUAAAGAGCGCCAUCAGAGUGUAAGAGAGCUCUGCAAGACUGUCAGCUACAAAUCAUGUCUUCCUAAGUCACAUCGUCAUGACAUCCAGAAACGAAACCGCCUGGAUCGUUAUCGAAUCCGAAACACCCUCAAGCGUUUCUUAAAGAAGCUUGGCAACUCCUCAGUAGAUGAGUGCAGCUUGAAGCUGAAGUACCUGAUUGAACUGGCAGGCAUUGAGCCUUCUUUGGGAAGCGAAACCUUUCACGUGAAUCUUUCUUCCGCCCAAUCAAAGUCAACUUUCUCUCUAGUGCGGGUCACUGGGGAAACAGGAAUUCAAACCAAUGGAAGUUGUCAUCCUGAUGGUACCCUGAUGUGGCAGACCUUCUGUGAUUUCAAAGAAAUCAUCGACAUCAGUAUAAAGAGGGUUUGCCAUGAGCAGAUUCCCCAAGACAGCCGGAUGGUGAUAAUAACCCGCAAAGACGACAGAUGCUUUGAAGCCAAGUUCCAGAGUCUUAAGGAAGCACUUUCAUUUGUGUCACUUGUUGAUGGCUACUUCAGACAGACCACAGACUCUAACCACUACUUCUGUCAAGAUGUCGCUCCUCCAAGUAUUCUGGAAAGGAUGAAAAACCAUUGUCACGGCCCAAUCAUAUCAGAGUUUGCAGUCAACAAGCUGAAAAAGUCAGGAUUUAAAGGUGGUACAUUCCUUCUUCGGCAGAGUCCCGAGAACUAUGACAACUUCUUUCUCACGGUUUGUGUUCAGACUCCACUUGGACUUGACUAUAAAGAUUGUCUCAUUAUCAAGAAUGAGCACUACAGUCUUCCUGGUGUCCAGAAAACAUUUUCCAGCUUGACACAGCUCACCAGCUAUUACCAACACAACAAGCUGUUACUGGCUGACAUGCCUGUCAAGUUGGCCCGCUGCUGUCCACCACGACCCAAAGAGCUCUCAAAUCUGAUCAUCAUACGCAACAAUAGCUCUGUAGAAGGUCAAGGGUCCCCAACACCUGUAAGGAACAAAUUCAGUCAUAUCCAGUUCCACAUGAUCAAAUAUGAAGACCUGAAAUGGGAUGAAUGCCUCGGACAGGGAUCCUUCACUCGAAUUUUUAAAGGCUACAAAGCAGACAUUCGUGAUGGGGAGAAACACAUGACAAAAGUUUUCCUGAAAGAGCUCGAUGUUGUUCACAAAAACUGCUGGGAGUCAUUCUUUGAAUCUGCCAGCUUGAUGAGCCAGAUUUCACAUAAACACCUCCUCCUUGUGUACGGUGUCAGUGUUCAUGGAGUAAAAAACAUCAUGGUGCAAGAGUUUGUCGAGUAUGGGGCCCUCGACCUUUAUCUGAAGAGAGGGCGAUCUGUGUCAGUGAGCUGGAAACUUGACGUUGCCAAACAGCUUGCGUCUGUCCUUAACUUUCUGGAAGAAAAGAACAUUGUUCAUGGAAAUAUCUGUGCCAAAAAUCUGCUGCUGGCCAGAGAGGGUGACCUGUCGCAGGGCAGCUCUCCUUUCAUCAAGCUGAGCGACCCGGGCAUCAGUGUAGCCAUGCUGGGAAUGGAUGUGAUCCUGGACAGGAUACCCUGGGUGGCCCCUGAAGUGCUGGAGACCCCAGACAACCUGUCUCUGGAGUGUGAUAAAUGGAGCUUUGGUGCCACUCUGUGGGAAAUCUUCAACAAUGGGAACACUCCACUGCGAGGCUGGGACUUGGACGAGAAGCGGGGGUUUUAUGAGAACUUGCAACAGCUGCCUCCCUCCCAGUGGACAGAGCUAGCCGAUCUGAUUAGUCAGUGUAUGGACUACCAGGCAGCCUUCAGACCUUCCUGUCGCAGUAUUAUCCGUCAACUCAACAGCCUGAUCACUUCAGACUAUGUGAUACUACAUGCCACUGAGCCCGUCACACAGAACCCUGUGUGGAAAGCCCUUAGCCAUGCUCAAGACAACCAGACACUGUUUGAGGAGAGACACCUACGCUGCAUCUCGCCUCUGGGAAAAGGAAACUUUGGCAGCGUGGAACUCUGCCGUUAUGACCCGCUGGGUGAUAACACCGGUGAGCUGGUUGCUGUGAAGAAACUGCAGCCCAACAAGCAGUCGACACUGGAGGACUUCAAGAAGGAAGUCAACACCCUCAGCGUUUUUCACUGCGACUAUAUCGUCAAAUACAGAGGAGUCUGCUACAGUAUGGGUCGCCUCACUAUGAGUUUGGUGAUGGAGUACAUGCCCUAUGGCAGUCUUAUUGGCUACUUGGAGAGUAACCGACAUAACGUUAACACCAAGCGGAUGCUGCUUUUUGCUUCUCAGAUCUGUAAGGGGAUGGAGUACCUGCAGAGCCUGCGUUAUGUGCACAGAGACCUCGCAGCCAGAAAUAUACUUGUGGCCAGUGACACACUGGUGAAAAUUGCUGAUUUUGGCCUGACCAAGAUAAUUCCUUUCAACAAGGAGUACUACCGAGUCACGCAUCCUGGAGAGAGCCCCAUUUUCUGGUACGCUCCAGAGUCCAUCAGUGAGUCCAGAUUCUCUCAUAAGUCAGAUGUCUGGAGUUUUGGAGUUGUUCUUCACGAGAUCUUCUCCUACUGCGACAUGAACUCCAACCCAAAAAGAUUAUAUAUGCAGGAGAUUGGACACAAUGUGCCGGGUCCAUCCAUUUCAAUGCACCUGGAAAAUGUCCUACAGAAUGACUGGAGGUUGCCGACUCCUCCAAACUGCCCACCAAAGGUCUACAGUUUGAUGAAGCACUGCUGGGCGUACAACUUUGAGGAGCGGCCGUGUUUCUCCAACCUGGGAAACCAAAUUGAAUCGAUCAUGCAGGACGAGAGGGACAGCCUUAAAGGCUGACAAGGAGCCUUGUUGCACCUCAACAGUAUAUAAUGAUACAAAUGUAUUUACUGUCCCAAAUGAAAUUUAUUUCACACAAGUGCCACACUCACAGCAGCAGGACAACUGACAAUUAUGUAAGUAUUAACAUACCGAUAAUAGAAUUUCAGCAGUGUGGGGCACUUCUGAGUCUCAACUACUCCCUAAAAACACUGAGGUAAAGCUCCCUUUAUGCCCUUUUACCAGUUGUAUAAUGUACAAAGACACAUUCACAAGCCAGCUGAAAGGAAGGUCGUCAUAAACCCAAGAGAAGAUGUAUUACUUAUGUAAAAGCAUGUUUGUUGGUUAGUGUUUAAUCAAACGUGGUUUGUGUUAACCAAUAUCAUUUUCAAACUAGCCGAUAUUGUGUAAACCAAAGAAGGUUAAAGUCAAGGGCAACUGGACUUGGUUGAAGAUACUAGAAGAUGUUUCGUCCCUCACCCAAAGAACUUCUUCAGUUCUGCCCUUGACUUUAACCUUCUUUGGAUAACUAUGACCUGGAUGACUGAGAAUCUUCACAGAGAUAUGGUGUAAAGGCCUGCCUAGAAUACAAUUAAAUCUACGAAAGGCAGAUGAAAAAAACAAGUUACCUGGAUGUAACUUCAGGUAUAUGAGUACAUGUGUAAACCAAUAGAGGGCUGGGAACAUAUGAAAUAGAACAUUUAUUGAUAACAGUUUUUGUGCUAAUCUGCUAGACAGCUACUUCAUGUCUAAGAUCUUACUGUGUUAGAUUUAAUCAUGUUUCUUAUAGUCAGAUAUAUCACAGAUUUCACAACACAUGGUAAGCAGCAAAAGGCCCACUCCUCAUUCUAGAAUUAUAAUGAAUUAAAAUACUUAUAUAAUACUAUAUUUUAAUACUAUAAUUUAAAAGAUGUAAGGUACCGUGUACUGGGCACUGAAAAACAUCUGUUUCUAAAAGGUGAAAAGGGUUGCAUCUUAUAUUUUCAAUUUGUAGUGUAGUCUCGUAGUGAAGGAUUUAUUGUAUUUUAUUAUUUUUAUGUUUAAAAUAAAGAAAUUUUGUGGAAGCA